AUGUUAGCCGAACUAAGGCUAAAAAAAGAUCGAGUACAUGAGGAAGCAAAAAGAUUAUUUGCCGAUUGGAAACCUACAGUGAGCAAAAUGUUGGAAACUUAUCUUACGCUGGAUCCGGGCUUUUCAGAUGCUCAAAACUAUGCUUUAUUUGAUUCAAAUCUUCCAAUCUAUCUGUUAGGCGAAAAAUUUAAAUCAAGAAGUGAUAUGGGACGCAUCAAAGAAUUUAUGUCAUCACUGUUAUGGUUUACAUAUCGGAAAAAUUUUCAACCCAUUGGUGGCACUGGGCCAACGACUGACCAAGGUUGGGGAUGUAUGCUGCGGUGUGGACAAAUGUUAUUGGGUCGGGUUUUGAUAAUGCGACAUCUGGGUCGUAAUUGGCUUUGGGACCGAGAUAUUAAGCUGGCGAAAUACAAGCGCAUUCUGCCACAUAUGGGAGUAUCCGAAGGUAAGGAAAUUGGAGAAUGGUUUGGUCCGAAUACGGCAGCUCAGGUACUGAAAAAGUUGGUCAUAUACGAUCAGUGGUCACGACUAACGGUACAUGUAGCUCUUGAUAAUGUGCUGAUAACAAGCGAUAUACGUACUAUGGCUUUUACUAAACCUCCUCAACGAAAAUCUGGAUCUCGGCGUGAGACAGGAAGUGAUUAUAAUGAUAAUCAUGAUGCUAUUAAUCUUGCUGAAGCAGAAAUAUUACCAGAUUUAACUCGAUCUCCAACACGAAGUGAAACCUCUUCGAUAAGCAGUUACGGUGGUGUCAACGAAGAGUGGCGACCGCUGCUGAUUAUCAUUCCACUUAGACUUGGCUUAAAUACAAUCAACCGUUGUUACUUUCCUGCCAUUCAGGCAUUUUUUCAAUUACCACAGUGUGUUGGCAUUAUUGGCGGUCGACCCAAUCAUGCACUUUAUUUUUGCGGUAUUGCAGAUAAUAAUUUACUUUAUCUCGACCCUCAUUUCUGUCAGGAUUUCGUAGAUUUAGAUGAAACUACGACAACGAGAGAUGAACGUGAUGGUUAUGUUGAGAUAAAAAAUGAUGAAUUCAAAGACAGCACCUAUCACUGCCCAUUCAUUCUGAGCACGAAGAUCGACAAGGUGGAUCCAUCGCUGGCCCUUGGCUUUCUCUGUCAUACCGAAGAUGAUUACAACGAGUUAGCGCAUCGGCUACGAACGCAUUUACUACCAGCUUCAAAACCGCCUCUAUUCGAAAUGCUAGAAACAAGGCCAAAAAAUUUUCCGCCAUUUGUACCUUAUGUCGGAGAAAAUACGAAACUACGAGACUAUGCAGAUCUUGGUGAAGUCAAUGACAGUUAUGAUGAAUUUGAACUUCUUGAAUAG